GAGUCGCCGCCUCGGUCGCCUCUGCGCCCGGACCCCGUUCCCUCCGGGCGCGCAGACCCAGGAGCGCCGCGUGGGCCCCGGCGCGCGGACAUGGGCGGGCGCUGCAGGGCGGGCUGGGCGGCCGCGGCGCUGGGCGCCCUCGGGCUGCUGUGCGCGGUGCUGGGCGCCGUGAUGAUCGUGGCGGUGCCGCCCUUCAUCCGGCAGCAGGUCCUCAAGAACGUGCGGGUCGACCCCAGCAGCCUGACCUUCAACGUGUGGAAGGACCUGCCGGUCCCCUUCUACUUCUCCGUCUACUUCUUCGACGUCCUUAACCCCAGCGAGGUCCUCCGGGGCCGCCGGCCGCAGGUGCGGGAGCUCGGGCCCUACGUGUACAGGGAGUUCCGGCACAAGAGCAACAUCACCUUCCACGACAACGACACCGUGUCCUUCCGCGAGUUCCGCAGCUUCCGGUUCCAGCCCCACCUGUCCCGCGGCUCCGAGGGCGACCACGUCUGCAUGCCCAACAUCCUGGUCCUGAGCGCGGCCAUGAUGGUGGAGAAGAGGCCGAUGGCCCUGAAGCUGCUGAUGACCUUGGCGUUCUCCUCCCUGGGCCAGCAGGCCUUCAUGAACCGCACGGUGGGCGAGGUCAUGUGGGGCUACGACGACCCCCUCAUCAGCCUGAUCCACAAGUACCUGCCCGGCGUGUUCCCCUUCAAGGGCAAGUUCGGGCUGUUCGCGGAGUUCAACAACUCCGAUUCCGGGCUCUUCACUGUGUUCACGGGCGUCAAAGACUUCAGCCGCGUCCACCUCGUGGACAAGUGGAACGGGGUCAGCAAGGUCAACUACUGGCACUCGGACCAGUGUAACAUGAUCAACGGGACGUCCGGGCAGAUGUGGGCGCCGUUCAUGACUCCCGAGACCUCGGUGGAGUUCUACAGCCCCGAGGCCUGCCGGUCCAUGAAGCUCGUCUACCAGGAGGCCGGGGUGUACGAGGGCAUCCCCACCUUCCGGUUCAAGGCCCCCGACACCUUAUUUGCCAACGGGUCCGUCUACCCGCCCAACGAGGGCUUCUGUCCGUGCCUGCAGUCCGGCAUCCAGAACCUCAGCACCUGCAGGUUCAACGCGCCCCUGUUUCUCUCGCACCCCCACUUCUACAACGCCGACCCCUCCCUGGCCGAGGCCGUGCUGGGCCUGCACCCCAGCGAGAAGGAGCACUCCCUGUUCCUGGACGUCCACCCGGUCACGGGGAUCCCCAUGAACUGCUCGGUGAAGAUGCAGAUCAGCCUGUACAUGAAGGCCGUCGAAGGCAUCGGGGUCCCCGAGAUACCGAGAGCCAGCCCAGCCCUGCGGCUCAGCCAGCCUGGCUCCCCAGCCCCUGCGCCCCGCUUCUUCAGGACCCUCUCAGCGGACAGCCUGCCAGCCCCGACGUCUGAGCUGCACGCGUGUGACCACACACUGCACCCCCCACACCUGUCCGUGUGCUCAGGUGUGUCACACACGCUCAGGGAUGGAGAUGCUACCGAGGGGACUCCGGGAGCGGCUCGCCAGCGGGGACUGUUCUGGAACCUUCUCUCCAGGGCAGUCAUGGGCGUGUGGGCGAGUCCUGGCCAGUGGGCCACUGGGCCCCAGCGCCCCGUCCAUGGGCCUGCGGACACCACGGCCCGCGUGGGGCUCACCCAGCAGACAGGGCUCAUAGGCCCCGAAGCCCAGCCCCGGCGCAGACUUCUCGUGCCAAAGCCGGUGGGUGGGGCACAGCCCCUCACACGGGCCUCAGAGCCGGCCCCCCACCCCGCCCCUCACCCCCACAGGACUCUGGCCUCCUGGGGUUGGGUGUGGGGAGCCCCCUCCCUCCGGUGAAAUGACGUGGAGCUGCAUUCCUGAGCCGGCCCCCGGGGUGGCCCCCCGUGAGGGCCCCGUCCUUUGGUGCCGGCCGGAGGCGGGAGGUCAGGGCCCUGCAGCCUGGGGUCCGGCCCAUCCACGCGGCUUCCCGCCCCGGGGAGCGCCUCUGUCUCUUUUCUACUGGAAGAAAAUGAGUUUUAUCAUCUUUUUAAAAGAACCCACUGUUGAAGUAAUAAACCUUUUAAAAAGUGCGCACGCGUCUG